ACAUUGAUAUCAAAUGUCAUAGGUCACGUGUUUUGUUAUGGACGUUUCUGAUUUGUUUGCGGCCGGGUUGAUUGAGAAAGACAUCAAUUCCGAUGUGAUAUGGGUGUGGUCGUAUCCUACUAUUGAGGAUGAAGUUCGUGAGGUAAUCAUGAGGAAGUGCUGUUUGUCAUCUAAUGAUCGGGAGUCGGCGGAUUCUUUGGCUUUGAUUCCCUUCACGUUCGGCCAUUUCGGACGCACCUGGUAUUAUGUGCACUCUAGAGCGACGGAGAGUGAAGAAGUACUGCAGAAAGUGACACAUGUGGCUCUUGUUCUGCUAGCCAAGGAUUUUAAUCCAGAGAAGUACGAAACAUUGUCUGGCAUAUUGCUUCAUAACUACAUGACUACUGGCAAUGCAUCUCGUGUAGCAGAAGGCUUCCUCAGCGUCUUUACAAGAGGAGUGUGUCCUGAUCCUAAUGGAGAGCAGUUCCAAGUGAAAGCAUUUGAUAUACGAAAAGCAUACAUUGCUUCAUCGAUCAAAGACGUGAUCAAUGUAUUUGGAGUUGAAACAAUACUGAUUUACACUGCAUUACUGCUAAAGAAAAGAAUUGUCGUGUUUCAUCCUGAUCUUGUACCGUUACUUCGAAUUGUCAGAGCUCUUCCUGUGCUGGUCUGGCAAAGGCAAAACUGGAAUAUUGUUUAUCCACAUGUUGAAAUCAAUGAUGUCGAAGUGGCAGAUUUGAAGUUAGCUGCUCCAUAUGUUGCUGGUUUCACAGAUCCAGCUAUCGAGAGUCACACUGAGUUGUAUGAUGUGUUUGUUAAUGUUCCUGGUAAUUCUAUUUCUGUGGCUCCACAUGCUAAAGAAUCAUUUGGAAUGGGAAAAAUACACAAAGAGAUUGCGAUGCAAAUGGUGCAAGCUGCUGGAGACGAUGCAACAACAGAACAAAGUCUUAUCAAAGAGCUGGCUGUGAAGACCAGAGAGAUUAUCAACAAUUUGAAGUCAUUUGCUGAUGGAACUCCUCCAAGAAUUACUCUGGAGUUACUACGUACUCGUAAGAUGACUCCAGCCAUGGAGAAUUUCUUAUUCAAUCUGGCAUCCGCUGAAGGUCUAGUGCAAUUGUGAAGCAGUUGUCUGAUGCUUUCUUGGUUACUAGUAUAUCGAACUGGUGUUUCAUACUUAUUAAAUUCAAAACUAUUGUAGAGAGA